GUUUGAACCGAUCUGGCAGCCGCGGGCAUUCGGUGUUUCGGCGCCGACGCCGAUACGCCUCAAUAAUUGGCCGCGACUGCUUACCAAAAUAUGUUUACCGAUUGUCGUAAUGGGUAACGUUCAAUGUUACACCGAAAAGCAUCACGGCAAGAAAGAUAAACAUGGAAAAAGCAAAAGAAAUACAGAUAACAAAACAGAGAAGAAAGAUCAAGACGAAUUGAAUAACACACAAGAUGUAAACAUAGUUUCUGCGGUGAAUGAAAUUUCGGAACCGAAAGGCGAAACAUUGAGGCUACGUGAUAGUGAAAAUUUAACAAAAACCAUCAAUGAUGUUGGAGAUACAGAAGACACACCAACUAAAGACGAUCAGGUUUCCAGUUUGGUGGCGAACUUCGAGGAAACAAUGAGACAUGAUAACGAUGUCAACGUGACUGAUGGCGUCAAGAAGAAUGGACAUGUUUACAGAAGUAACAUACUGAGGAGUGAAGAUGCACAGCACCAUAAAGAACAGUCGUUCGGCAAUUCUAAUAAUAUAUAUACUGCAAAUCAGAGGUUACUUAAUUUCUCACAAAAAGCAAGCUCGCUCAAAUCGAAUCUAACAGAGCUUAAAAGCUCCAUAUCAGAAAUGAAAAAUCUCAGCAAUUCAAGUGCCAUUAAAUUUGGAAAUAGGCAUAAAAGCUCAUUGGAUACGGUACAUAAUUCUAGUCCUACAAAUGAAUACAAAAGUUUACAUAGAAACUCGCUUGGAAACAAUCCUAAACAACCCGAAUAUUGCUCGACUGUUAAUUGUAAGCAGGGUAGUACUUGCGAGGCUCUAAACAGCUUGAAGUACAGCUCAGCGCAAACGAAGACAGCUUGCAGUACUAGUCUAGUCAGAGAUGGUUGCUGUGCAUCUCAAUCAGCAGAAAAUAGCGCGAGAUCUAGAAAUAUACAGCAUGGGGAUGUACUUUACUCCGAACAAAGUGCUGCGGGGGCGACACAGAAACUAUUGCAAGCGGAAAGCCUCAGUGCUGAGAAAAGUACAGCUUAUCAACAAGAUAAACGCACCCUUCAGACAGCUGAUUUAAGAGCUCAAGAGGUAAACAAUGUGUCUUCUAGUUGCUCCCGAUUGCAAACGGGUACAUUUAGUGCCGAAAGAAAAGGAAUGGCUUCAUCACAGGCGCUUACAACUGUUAGUUCAAAUGGAAUUUUUAAUCAUAAGGAACACUCAAGCGUGGCCCAAUCCAACAUGUCUAUGUCUACUAAAAAUAUAUCAACUAGCGCCACGGUUCUGUCAUCAGAGGUCACCGACUUGUUAAACGGAACAAAUAAGCCUAUUGAGGAUGAUUUAGAGAACCUUAAUUUCGAGGAUUUGGAUAAUCUCAAUAAUAAUUCAAAUCAAAAGAUUGUUGAUGCAACCAUCCGAAAAUAUACAUGUUGUAUGAAGGCUUAUAUAUUUGCAAUUAAAAAUAACGAAUUGGACACGCAUAAAGCAACCAAAUAUUUUAAUAAAAUGAAUGAGAUGAUAAGAAAGUCCUGGGCUGUACCCACAUAUGGACAUGAGCUAGGAAACUGUUUAUGUAAUACAAUACGCACUUCAGGGGGAUUGGACCUAUUAAUGGAAAAAUGUAUGGAAUCAAAAUACCCUAUUUUACAGUUUGCAUCAGCAAAUAUUUUAGAACAAUGCCUUACUACAGAAAAUAGAGAUUAUGUUGUUAAAAAUGGUUUGGAGAAAGUAGUAAAUGUGGCCUGUGUUUGUACUAAAAACGCUAAUGUCGUAGAAUACUCUAGAGUAGGAACAGGAAUACUUGAGCAUUUAUUCAAACACAGUGAAUGUACGUGCAGCGAUGUUAUUAGAUUAGGGGGAUUAGAUGCAGUUUUAUUUGAAUGCAGAAAAAAUGAUAUUGAAACAUUGCGCCACUGUGCGACUGCAUUGGCAAAUUUAUCCCUUUAUGGAGGUGCAGAUAACCAGGAAGCAAUGAUAAAAAGGAAAGUACCAAUGUGGUUGUUUCCAUUAGCAUUUCAUAACGAUGAUAAUAUUAAAUAUUAUGCAUGUUUAGCAAUAGCAGUUUUAGUUGCUAAUAAAGAAAUAGAAGCAGCAGUCCUUAGUUCGGGUACUUUGGACUUAGUAGAACCUUUUGUUACAUCACAUAAUCCAUCAGAAUUUGCAAAAUCAAAUCUAGCUCACGCACAUGGUCAAAGUAAAAGUUGGUUACAAAGAUUAGUUCCUGUUCUGAGUUCAAAACGAGAAGAAGCUAGAAACUUGGCAGCAUUUCACUUUUGCAUGGAAGCUGGAAUAAAAAAACAACAAUGUAACACUGAGAUAUUUAGAGAAAUUAAUGCAAUAGAGCCACUUAUGAUAGUUGCUGGUUCUCCAAAUGCUGUGGCCUCCAAAUAUGCUGCACAAGCACUGAGACUAAUUGGAGAAGAAGUACCACACAAACUUUCCCAGCAAGUGCCGUUAUGGUCUAUUGAGGAUGUCAGGGAAUGGGUAAAACAAAUAGGUUUCACUGAAUGUGCAGAUAAUUUUUAUGAAAGCAAAGUUGAUGGAGACCUCUUACUACAAAUAACAGAAGAUAACCUAAAGUAUGACAUUGGACUCGACAACGGCAUCAAAAGAAAAAGGUUUGCGCGGGAACUCCAGCAACUAAAGAAAAUGGCGGACUACAGCCUACGAGAUACUUGUAGUCUCCAAGAAUUUUUACAAAGUAUUGGUGCAGAAUAUACUGUUUACACGUAUUCCAUGUUAAACGCCGGCGUCGACAGAGAUUCUAUACUAGGUUUAAGUGAUGAACAACUUGAGAAUGAAUGCCGCAUAAAAAACAGUAUACAUAGGUUGAGAAUAUUAAAUGCGAUACGAGAUUAUGAAAGCCGACUUCCUAGCAUCGAGGAAGAUAACUUGUUAAAGAAUAUCGAUGUGUUUAUAAGUUAUCGGCGAUCGAAUGGAUCUCAGUUAGCAAGUUUGCUUAAAGUUCAUUUACAUCUUCGAGGUUUCACAAUAUUUAUUGACGUUGAGACACGAGAACCUGGUAACUUCGAAGAUCUUCUUGAAAGUAUCCAGCAUGCCAAACACUUUUUACUAGUUCUAACACCGAAUGCUCUAGACAAAUGCAAGGAGGAUUAUGAUCAAAAGGACUGUCUUCACCGGGAAGUUGUGGCAGCGUUAAAUUCCCAAUGCAACAUUGUUCCAAUUAUUGACAAUUUCGUAUGGCCGGAGCCUGAAGAACUUCCAGAAGACAUGCAAGCUCUUUGUUUCUUCAAUGGAAUACGGUGGAUUCAUGAUUAUCAAGAUGCCUGCGUUGAUAAAUUAGAAUGCUUCUUGAGAGGUGGGAAAUCAAAUAUCGUGAACCGGUUAGAGGGACCAUUUCGAAGCCGUGCAGAAAGUCACACCCCUAUGACAGCUACCAUGAACAGGAGUGCACCUAAUUACACACCAACUCAACCAGAUGACAGUACUGUAACUGAAUAACAUAUGAGCACUAGUCUUAUCAAAUCAUUAGGUACCUACACAGGGGCGUGCAUACCAUAUAAGCAAUUAGGCAGUGCCUACUUCGUUAAGAACUUAAGUACAUAAAUAUAACACUAGUGUUAAUGUUGAUUUAGUUUGAUUUGGUUCCGUAAUUAAUUACCAAACUUUUGAACAUCCACUCAUAAAAUCUUUCCUUACGCUAGAUCCUAAAUACCUACGGUAGGCAGUGUUCAGAUUACAUAUUCGAUAUACAACUUCAAUAUUUCGACCUCAAAAGCUAGUACUGUCCGACUAAAGUAAAACUACGACUUGUUAAAUCUAGAGAAUGGAAGGGAAGAAGAAGAAAAAGGAAGAAAGGUAGGCGACCUUGUUAGAAAACCAAAGCACGCCCCUGUACCUACAUGAAUAUCUCAAACCAACAUUGUUUGUUGAUUAUAAUGAGUUCCUACAUUUUUCGAUCCACAAAACUAUUAGUUAAAUUUAAAGCUCCUCUCGGUAACUUUAAAAUUUAUGUGUUUAUGUAACUAUAGAACGUCAUUGAUAAAAGCUUAGAUAAUUCAUACGUCUAGAUAGAGCCUCUUGCUAUUAGAAAUCCGAUGAACAUAAGCCUAGAUUUAAUACUUUAGUUUGCGUACACUUGCGAAUUUGUGUCAAUUUGCGUGCAUUGCUCAAGAUAGAGGUUAACUAUCGACCUUUUUUCGAUGUAAUCACAGCAGUCAGCGUCUAUCUAGACGUAUAAAUAAUCUAAGGAUUAAAGUCAAUACUCGGUUCGAUGCUUUAUUAAUUGUGCGGAAAGUUCGGUUGGCAUUUUGCACGCAGUCUGAAAUGUCCUACUUCCCUCCCUAGACAAGUAUUUAAAAAACGUGUACCAGUACAUAUUUUUUGCUUAUAUAUACAUUUAGUGAAUAGCAAUUCUCCAAUAUACUUAAUUUUCUAAAAAGUAAUAGUGGUAACUGAAAAGAGCUUUAAUUUUAUUUUGUAAUAACUUGUACAUAGGUAACUAAUUUUUUGUGUGAUAUUUUGAUUUGGUUAUGUGAUGAAAAUUUAAAGUAAGCCCUAAUUGACAGCUAUGUUUAGCCCCACACAAACAAAAAAAAGUAUUAACUACUUUUUGUAAUUAGCAAUUUGUUAUUUGUUUAGAAUGGCAAAUGAACUGUUGUCAUUGUAACUAUUUGCCUAUAAAAAGCAUUUAUUUUGUUUCAAAUUUCUUAAAUAAUUAUAUAUCACAAUAAUGUAGAAAGAAGGAAAGAGAUUUAAUAUCACGUUUUAGUUUGGCGCCGCCUAGCGAAACUCUAUAAAAAAAACGAUUUACUCGAUUGUAUGAAUCGUGCAUUGAUAGAUUGACAGAUGACGGCUACAAUCUUGUAAAAAAAGGAGAUACCCGAAAUCCACUACGUUAUAGGCAACUAUUCGCUUUCAAACUUAGCCGGAUUAUACUUCGUAUCCAAUCGCCAUACUGUAAUUACUACUAUUUCAAUCUUAUGUAAAAUGACUGCACGUUUCAUAAUAAACUAAAUUUAAAUUUUUCUUCCGGCAGCCUCUAUCUUAACUAGUAUUUACAUCCUCUUUGGUUUGGCGAUUUGCAGCAUUGUGGUUUUGUUAAAAUUAAUGACGCUUAGAUUAAGGAUCGGUCUCCGCUGCGCUCCAACCAGAUACCGCAUUACCUGAGAACAAUAGCUUUUUUUAUUACGGCAACUAUAAGAUGCUUGUUUGCCAAUCUUGACACUCAAUGGCAUCUUUCAAAAUUUUGUAACGUACGCUUCGUGUUAUUUUACAUUGAAAUUAAUAAAAUACAAAAUACUGUUAAUAUUUGAUCCCAGUGUCUUUAAAAUUUGAAAAACAAAAUUUUAUGAACGAUGCGGGACUCGAAACCACGACUUCGCUAACCGUUCUUAUUUUGUUUUUAAAAUUUUAUUUGUGUAUUAAACCUAGAAGUGAGGGUUAUCACUUUAAAAACAUAAUAAAUUACCCAGUGUCUAUCUUAUUUCUUGAAGUAUUAUUUUUACAAAGUUUUACUACGCAACCCGGCCUUCUAGUUUCAAUUAUUAGCAAAGUUUAACAGAACAUGUGGCACGUCAACGUCACACAUUGUUCGAGACUAGCUCGGGUAUUAGUUGCCGCACUUUGCGACUACACCUGCGCCUGCAGUAUCUAGUUGGAACGCAGCGGAGACCAAUUCUUUCUUAAUCUUAGUAAUGACGUUUAAUUAUGUUGUUGUGUAUGUUUGAUAUCAAUAUCACAAUGUAAUUUUAUUGUUUAAUCUUAAGUAAUAACAUCUAAGAUAGUUUAUACGUAUAGAAUCUAGACUCUAGAUAGACUGAAAAGCGUCAAAAAAUAGCGGAGAAACGUUAGCCUCUAUUUUCACUAACACACACAGGCACUAAAACAAAGUGAAUUAUGUAUUGCGAGUGUAAGACGUAGCUGUCAUGCACACUAAAGAUAUCAUUGUCAUCUGUUGCCUAUUAAGGCUGUAUGUAACUGUAUUUAUAAUCUCAAUAAAAAGAAAAUUCUUUCAGAAAUAAAAAUAUAUUAAUCGACCAUAAACGUAGUAUACUAGCGUAAUAGACAAACACUCUCCACAUUAAUUACGAUAAAAACACAAUUUAAAAUGAGGUCCAAUUUGACAGGAUACUAAUGGACCCUAAAUUGUUUCAAAAAGGUUUCAUGGUCUACACCUAUUCCGUCUUUUUCUUACAAAUAGGUUGUUAUGCAAGGAUGGUUAGCUCACUCUCACACAGAGUUCGUCUAUUACGACAGUAUACUAAGUUAGAUGUCAGAUAUAACAUUUAACUACUUUGACGGCCAGCAUAUCUGGGUAAUGAAAAGAAACGCCUUCUUUUGUUCUAAUUAGAAGUUCCAAGAAGUCAAGAACAUCAAGGCGAGCAUAGCCGCGUGUAAAAGUAAGUAAUAUAUAAUUACUUAAUAAAAAUGUUCAAACAAAAUCAUAACACUACCAAUGACACUGUUAAUAAAUAAGAAAAUCAAUUAACGUUAUUUAAUUAAUAGGUAUUGGAAUAUUUUUGUUAUUACUUAGGGACUGUUAUAAGAAUCUUGUUUUUUUUUUAAAUAUAAAAAUGAAUAAAUGUUAUUGAUCUGUUGUACAUUAUUUUAGAGGCCUUGGAGGUCAGAAGAAAUUUUUAUUUAAAAUAAAAUAUAUAUUUGAUUUACAUGUGUGUUUUAUCACUUACAUAUAUUUCUAAUCUAAUCAGGUACUUUGAUUUACUCUGCUCAUUUUCUACUACUAUGUGCAAAGGGAAUGAUGGCUCGUCCAUGUGUCAACGGUAAACCGGUGCUGUGGUGCCAGGGUGACCUGUUAAAGUUUAAAAAUCAAUGUAUUUGUUGGAUGUAAUUACUAAUUAUGACAGUAAUCAAUACCAUCAUAUUCACGAAGCAUUCACAAACAAUGAAUUCAAGUUGUAAAGGUUGAUGCAUCCAAUAUAAUUAUAAUUUUGGAAUCUUUUUUACUUAA